AUGGCUGCUGCAAUGGCCCCUCUUUUUUUUGGGUCACCGGAGUUGUGUAAAAUGUCGCUUAAUCCAUUAUCAGUAAUACUUAACAAAAAUCAACUUGUGGGAGAAAACUAUGUUAACUGGAAAAAGAAUCUUAAUAUUGUUCUUACCGCUGAAAAACACAAAAUUGUGCUGGAUGAAGUUUGUCCCGAAACCCCUAAAGAUGACUCCAAGGAAUUUCAAAAGGCUGCAUAUGAAAAGUGGCAUCAUUCUGAUGAGAUGGCCCAUUGUUACAUUUUGACAUCCAUGUCAAAUGUAUUACAAUGGAAACAUCAAAAUAUGCAAAUUGCUUUUAACAUAAUGAAAAGCCUUCAAGAAAUGUUUGGACAUCAAAGCCAACAAGUUAGGUAA